UCACCGGGCUGGGCGGGGCUCUGCGGCGGCGCCGGGAGCGGCUCCUUUGUCGGCGGCCGCGCCGGGGGCGGUGGCGCCCGGUCCGCGGAGGGUGUGCGGCUGCCCGGCCGUGCCGCGGCCCUGCCCUCCACUCCCGCCCUCCGCGGGGCGGGCCGGGCCGGCGCUCCGGCGGCAGCGAGCAUGUCCUCGAGCAGGGCCAAGAAAGUGAAGAUGGCCACCAAGUCCUGCCCGGAGUGCGACCAGCAGGUUCCUGUUGCAUGUAAAUCAUGUCCCUGUGGCUACAUAUUUAUUAGUCGAAAACUUUUGCAUGCUAAACGUGCUGAGAGAUCGCCACCCAUCACAGACAACAAGAGUGAGGCCAAAAGGAGACGGACAGAGAGAGUUAAGCGAGAGAAGAUAAAUUCUGCAGUAAAUAAAGACUUAGAAAACCGCAAGAGAUCCAGGUCUAACAGCCAUUCGGAUCACAGCAGGCGAGGAAGAGGAAGACCUAAGAGCGCCUCAGCCAAAAAGCACGAGGAAGAAAGAGAUACACUUUUGGGGGUCAGACUCCUGAAGUUCGGGAGCGAAGCGCCUGUUCUGUGACACGUGGUCGCUGGGUGUCCCUGGCCUGGGCGGUAAGUGCUGCUCCCUUAUUCUUUCUUGGCCCAUUAUUUACUGGAGAGGGAGAGACGCGGAGAUGUAUUUCCAAAAGAUGCGGAUACACUAGUUCCUUUUACUCGCAUCAGCUUUUUUUGUCUGUCUUUUAAAAUCGUAAUUCCGAACAGUAUUGUGUUUGCACUGUUGACCGUAAAUACCAAAGCAAAGCUCUACUGGAGUGUGCCAAAUAAGGUGUUCUGGUAGGAAUUGGUUUGGGGAAAACAUUCACCAAAGUAGUCUUUGUGAAAGUGGUGUAGUGCAAUGUGAGCCCAACUUCUUAGAUUUGUAAAUACUUUGGGGUUUUGUCUUACCAAAAAAAACCAAAGAGCCGCGAAAUCCUGAGGGCGCAGGUGUAGGAGGCAAUUGCGAUCGUAAGAUCUGCCAUACCAGCUUUUGGUCACCUCUCAUUCACACUUUUCUAAGAAAGGGAAUGCAACUAAAUGUCUCAAGUUUUUUUUCAGUGUUACUCACGCUUUUUAGUAUCACAUUACUUUAAUAGUGAGAAUUACCUAACGAGGUUCUGCUGCAGAACGGAUGUCUGGGGGGAAGCAGAGAUUUUGGUAAAGCUGAAUGAUUAAGUACUGGCUGUUUAUUAGUUAUUGGUUAAAGGAAGGGGCUGUGAUGGCUUUGAGGACUGAUCAGAUGCAAUCUUUGUAAGCAGGACCAGGAAACAUGGAAAGUGAUUUUUACUUCUGAACUUGUAAGGAGUAAUUUGGGUCCUUUUGAACACUGCAUGAUGGGGGAUGGCUGUGGAAAUGCACUUAAACCACUAAUCUCUGUUUGUCUUUAUUCCAGUAAAUGAAAAAAUGUGAACACCAGACCUACUUCCCUAUAUCAUGUAGACUUCGGCUUUCCAGAACUGUAGCCUGUCACAGAUGCCAGUAGGAAGGACAGGUGAAUAACUGUUAAGGAUAAAGCAUGUUUGCAAGUUCUUAUAGUAAGGAAGACACAAGCGAAGUUCUGAUUUUGAAGACUUAAGAUAUGAUCAGGCCGUGUUGCUUCUACUGCCAGAAUGAGAUCUACAGUGCAAACAAGCACAAAGGAACUGCUGCUGCAGUCUUAUUCAGCGCUCGCACCGGUGUUCCUACAGGUAUCUCUUUCUUUCUGCUCCUAUACGUGGAAUUAAAGUUAUCUUCAGAGGACUGAAGUUAAUGUUGUUACACGUGACAAAAUUCAACUUAUGACUUGUACAUUUAGAUUGGUGACUUCUCUGAUAAGUACCGAAAAAUACGUUCACACCCCUCAAAAGCACAAGGCCAUCUGUUUUUUCAUUCAUUGGUGGAGACUCUGUAGAAGCAGUGGUUGAGUUCUGUUUCUGUACCUCUUCCCUUUGUCUUCACCAGGUCUCUGCUGUCAGCUCUUUCCCAUUUGUGGUUGUGCUAUUUUUCUUCCCCUGCUGGCUUGCAGUUUUCUUCAAUAAAGCUGUGAUGGAAGCAAGUGGCCCUGAAGAUGUCCUAGGGAGAGAGUGCUGCUUUACCAAAGCGAAGCAGGAGUCCUGACUUGCAUUUCUCGCCGACCAGAAAUAAACCAUUCUUUUGUAGAAUCACAGAAUCAUUUUGGUUGGAAAAAACCCUCAAGAUCAUGGAGUCCACCCAUAACCCACCCCUGGCACUGCCCCAUGUCCUGAGAACCUCAUCUAAAUGCCUUUUCAACCCCUCCAGGGCUGGUGACUCCAGCACUGCCCUGGGCAGCCUGUUCCAAUGCCCCACAGCCCUUUGGGGAAGAAAUUGUUCCCCACAUCCAACCUCAACCUCCCCUGGCGCAACUUGAGGCCGUUUCCUCUGCUCCUGGCGCUUGUUUCUGGGGAGCAGAGCCCGACCCCCCUGGCUCCAAGCUCCUUUCAGGCAGUUCAGAGAUCAGAAGGUCUCCCCUCAGCUCCUGUUCUCCAGCUGAACCCCCAGGUCCCUCAGCCGCUCCAUCACACUUGUGCUCCAGCCCCUCACCAGCUUCGUUCCCUUCCCUGCAAUCUCUAGUAUUUCAAUGUCCUUCUUUUGAUGAGGGGCCCAAAACUGCCCCCAGGAUUCACGGUUUGGCCUCUCCUGUGCCCAGUACAGCAGCACAAUCACGUCUCUAGUCCUGCUGGCCACACCAGUGCUGGUACCAGCCAGGAUGCUGGUGGCCUCUUGGCCACCUGGGCACACGCUGGCUCAUGUUCAGCCGCUGGCACCAACACCCCCAGGGCCUUUUCCAGCUGCUCUUCCCCAGCCUGCAGCGUUCAUGGGGUUGUUGUGACCCAAGUGCAGGACCCAGCACUUGGCCUUGUUGAAUCUCAGACAACUGGCCUCAGCCCAUUGAUCCAGCUGGUCCAGAUCCCUCUGUAAGUCCUUCCCACCCUCCAGCACAUCAGCACUCCCACCCAAUCUGGUGUCGUCUCCAACUCAGUGAGGGUGCACUUGAUCCCAUCAUCCAGACCAUUGAUAAAGAGAUUAAGCAGAACUGGCCCCAGUACUGAGCCCUGGGGAACAAACUUUGUGACCAGCCCCGACUGACCUGGACUCCAUUCACCACAGCUCUUUGGGCCCAGCCGUCCAGCCAGUUCUUUCCCCAGUGAAAAGUACGUCUGGCCAAGCUGUGAGCUGCAGUUCUCCAGACAGGACACUGCAGCAUCUUCCAGAGGCCCUCGGUGGCUGCCGUGUGCUGAGACACGUGUCUUGGAAUACGUUCAGUGACUGAACGGGAAGGUGUUUGCGUUGUGUGAAGUGACCAUCAGCACGAUGGCAUCUCAAGACCUCGCUCCUUGUGUGUUAGACAUGCUAAGUGCAUGAAACACUUGGCACGUCGGUGUAGAUUAUAUUUGUAAAAUGCGUAUUAGAUCUGGGUCUAUGAAACUAAAAUAAAAGCCAGUGACAGCUAAAUGAUAAGACUAAAAUUGUAUGUACUGCAUCUCUGACUUACUUGGAAACUGCAUAGUUUCCAAAAAAGAAAUAAAUAUGUAACAUUUCAGGAAGUUGCUUAUGCAAACGAUUCUUUUUCCUUGAAACUCUCUAAUUCAAAUAUAAGAUUUUAGGCCCUGUCUUUGGAUGUCUGAAAGAUUCAGUCUAACUUGAUUUGUUUCACUGCAUUUUGCACCGUGACACCGCACACAUAAGCUUAAUCUUUCAGACGAAGUGUACUGGGCUGCCUUGAGCGUGUCAGCACCACAGAAGCGCCGAUCUGUGUGUUGACUUACCUGACUGCAUAAAGUUGAUGCUGUGAACUGGGUAGUUCAGAGCUGUAGUGGAGCACCGCCUGUUCACACACCACCCUCUAGCGAGCUCUGCUCUCUGACCCCUCUUUUCCCUGUUUUUUUCUGAAGAAUGGUGCUUGUUCACAGUUCAGGUCCUGCAGUUGCUGUGUUCUGGUGCCAGGUGGCAGCCUGAUCUAAAGACCGUUCCUGUCUCCUCAGGCAUUACUACUGUAGGUACUGGGAUAUUUUGCAUUAGGAACUGCUCACUCGUGCCUGAUUUGGGAGCUUAAAGCCCAGCCAGGCUGUCUGCACUGAACGCGGAUGGCUUCGUCAGUUGUGUGGGGUGUUACAACCUGAGCUGUGGAAAUCAGUGGAGAUGAGUCAUUUAUCAAGACCAGAGAACUCUGAACUUUCAAUUGACAGUUCAAUAAAAAAUGGUUCGAGAGAACUCUUCUUCACCUUCCCUGGAAGUCCUGUAUAUCUAAGCUUGGUCAAAUUUUCGAAACAUCUAUAAUUCUCCUGUUAUUUUCACUCUAAUACUGUUACAAUUCAUUAAAGACGGUUGAAAGUGGGGCAGGGUUUUGGGGAAUACUUUGCAGACUAUCGUCACCCUGUGGUUGGGCAGCAGGAUUUACAGAGCAGGAGCCUGGAACUGACAUUUGUGCUUCAAAUAUCAGGUCCUAAAUAAGGUCUUUGGGUUGGCUUUAUGUGUUUGAGUUGAGUGAAACAGUGAUUUAUGUAGCCUGCUUGCAGCACUGUGUCUUGGGCCUUGGACUGUACUAUCAAGGAUGCUUAGGAUCUUAUUGCCUAACAGGACACGGUGCUCAACUUUUGUUCUGUAAGCUGCUGAUGACCUGUGAUGAAGCAGCAUCACCAGAGAGCUGCCUCAAACUGCUGUGUAGCGUGAGCCUUUCUGAGAUGCAGUUCCCUGGAACAGGGUUCCUCUGGGUGCUGGGUCCCGCAAACCUUGUCAUAGUCUCGACUUCCAGUGCUUGUGUUUGCAUUGUGAAAUGGUCUUGGGGAACAGGCAGUAGUUUCCCUUUACAACAAAACGGACCCUGAAGAUGUUGUUGAGCUGUGAGCGGUGCUGGGUGUGCAGGAGCAGCUCUGCCCGCAGCACGUGUUGGGCUCUCGGUACCCGCUGGAAUUUGCUCCGCGGGUUUCCUGCUGUGCCUCAUUUCUUCCUUCUGAUGAAAGUACAGCAGAGCAAAUGUCAGCAGUUUAACCAGCGCUUCCAGGUCAGAUGGGAUCCUUCGAAUCAGUAACGGUGCCAGCAGUGUUCUGUUGUAGGCUGCCUGAUGCUUUAUUUUGCUGUGAAUUCUGACAAUAUUCUCUAGCAAAUGACCAUGAGCCAGCACUGGGCCCUUGUGGCCAGGAAGCCAAUGGUACCUGGGGUGGGUUAGAAGGGGGUGGUCAGUAGGUCAGAGAGGUUCUCCUGCCCCUCUGCUCUGCCCUGGGGAGACCACACCUGGAAUAUUGUGUCCAGCUGUGGCCCCUCAGUUCCAGCAGGACAGGGAACUGCUGCAGAGAGUCCAGCGCAGCCACCAAGAUGCUGAAGGGAGUGGAGCAUCUCCCGUGUGAGGAAAGGCUGAGGGAGCUGGGGCUCUGGAGCUGGACAAGAGGAGACUGAGGGGGGACUCAUUCCUGGGGAUCAAUAUGGAAAGGGGGAGUGUCAGGAGGAUGGAGCCAGGCUCUUCUGGUGACAACCAGUGACAGGACAAGGGGCAAUGGGUGCAAACUGGAACACAGGAGGUUCCACUGAAAGGUGAGAAGAUAACUGAUGGUAGGACAGCUCUAAUAAGUGGUAGCAUGUCGUUUGGUGUUUUUUUCUCUCCUUGAGACUGUCACUUUCAGAACUCAAUAGUAAUUACAGAAAGUCUGGUUGCCCCAAAGUUUUAUCUGAUUAAGCAGUUUUGAGAUGAAGAUGAUAAAUUUUACUGCCUUACGGUUGAUCAGAUGCUACAGAAAUGCCCUGCAUCGUUUCAGUAGAUAUUGUGAAUUCCUAAUGAACUGAAAGUAUCUGUAAGGUAAUGUACUAGAGUGGCGUUUAUUUGCUCUUACUUUACAAAGGGCUGCUUGUAGCUGCUGGCUCUUGAAUGGGCUCUGCAAUCCAAGUAAAGAGCAAGAAAUUGAUUAUGCAGAAACCAGCGGAAAUGGUUAAAUCUGUGUAUGUCUUUUUUUCUCCAGAAGAAAACCUAAACCUGCUUUCACCAAAGUUGUCUAAUUUCAAGCUCAGAACAUGAUUCUCGUGAAACAUUUGGUGUCACCAUGCAGCACAUCCCCCAGGAAAAGUCAGGUACCCCUCCCCCAUCUUCCCCUUGCCCCCCAAAAGCUGCUUUUCUUGGUGCUUCUUGGCUUUGUGCACAGAACCUGAACUCCAUCUUCUAAAUGUUGAGUUUUACUGCCUUUGGUCUCCUGCUGUGAAUUAUUUCUCUCAGUCAUAACUUAGUCUUUCAUUUUGUCAUAAGGGUUAAGGAAUAAAUACUGUUGUAAAUCCUGGAGCAUGCUGAAGACCCUGGAAAGCUGUGAAGAACAGUGAGUGUUCCAGAUAGCAGAAGGACAGACAUUAGCAGUCUGGCAGUUUUCCAAAUCUGGCUUGUUUUGUUUUGUCUUGGAAUAAACAGCUUUUGAAUAUUUUACGGAGAUGCUCUUGCUAAUAAAGAAAAAUCUUCCGGUUGA